AGCAAUAAAAUCCUUCGCUUCAGACACCAAACUAAGACAUUUGACGUUUAGACAAGGCACCAUGAGAAGCAAUACGCUGAUAGAGGUGUUUGGCCAUAUCGUAUUCAGUUUUACACGAGGCGUGACAGAGCAUUACAACCCGGAAGAACCUGGAUUAAUGGCUUUUGGCUACGAUCCUCUACAGAAGACUGGUUUAGAAUGGAACUAUCAACCUGUUGAGGAGGUUACUUAUCAGGAAUACAGCGAGAGAGAAGCAACUAGCUUGGACUAUUUAAUGGCUUGCAGUCCUAAGGUAAGAGUCAUAAACGCAUUCUCAUCAGACGACGAUGAAGAAACACACGAAAACAACUCACAAGAUGAUGAAGAUAGAGCAAUGGCGUGGAAGCGAUUAAGACCAUCCGCUCUCCACACUGCUUGGAAAUCAAUGUACUUUGGAGCCUCGAUCUCACUUCUAACUGCUACCGUCAUAGGUUCACUAUACAUAUUGAUUUCAUUUCUACUGUACAAAACUGUAAACAACUGCGAAUUUUACCCAAAGAAAUCCAUUCCCGUGAAAGUUCAAUGGUUAAGAUCAAUAUCAGAUGUAACGUGUUGUAGCAUCAUGUAUAAUAAUUUAUUUUUGGUAGUCCUAUUUCUCUUUCGACCUUAUCAGAUCAAUGGAAUAAGAAAAAAACUUAUUUCAUUGAGCUGCGGUGGAUUUCUAUUGGAUGCACUUUACCGCGUGUCUCUUCAAGCCCUCGGAAUGUCCCAUUCUAAACUUUCUACGAUACAAAAGCUUCCACCGUACUUUCUUGGUGUUAUAAUUAUAUCUUGGCAAAUACAUCUCGUAACGAAUCAUUUUUUUCUCGUUUCACGACAAUCAACAAGGCAGAGGAUUACGAUUUUCUUUCAAGUGGCAAUUGUUCCUGUAUCUAUUAUCAUUCUUGCAAUUCCGGUGGCCGAGAUCAUCUACCCAACUUUUAAUAAACAAACCAAGAAUGGAAAACUAUUAAUCGCUCUCUUUGCGCCUCUAAUUGGAGUCGUUCUAAAGGUUACCUCUCGAAUUUGUGUUCAGCGGCUUCACCGGGAUAUCAUUCAUCCGGGAUAUUUAUAUGUCUUACUGGCGCCGUUGUUCGGCUCUUCGGCGAUCAUGUUUCGCGUUUUACAAGCAGAUCUCGGCAGUUUACAAUCCAUCGCGAUUCUAGGGAUAACUCACGGGACUGUGGAAGUAAUCGAAAGAAGCGCAAUGGUCUUUAUUGAUCAUAUUUGCCACUCGAUUUGGAAAAGAACAGCCGCUCCUUGGGGAAGUUUUCGCACUCCUCGCCGUGAGAGGCUAAUGGCUGAUAUUGCUAUUAUGAGCAUGCUGUUUGAAUCAACUGCUAUAGUUUCCGUUAACGGCUGCUUGUAUUUGUAUAAGUUCAAUUUCCUUCAAAACACCUCCUUAUUAGAGGUGUUGGAGCCUUUUGCUCUAACAACUUGUCUUCAGUUGGUGAUUGAGUGGUUUUUCACCAGCGUAUCCCUCGCGAUCGAGACUCACUAUCAGAACAUGGCUGUUAUGGCUGUUUGGCGAAGAAGAUGGAAAAGACAUACUUCAGUAGCACUUACAACUUCUGUGCUCAUAGCAUUAUGGACUAGCACACUUCUGUUAAUUAUUGUGCGUGGUAGAUUUCAAGAGUCUUCGAAGCAACCUUGUAAGAUGCCGUUUACUUAG